GUACAGCGCAGCCGCUUCUGCGCAGAGGGAGUGGAACCGUGGGCUCUUCACCUGUAACACUUCGCGCUGUAUCCAAGUGCUCGGGGUCCAGAGAGCGAAAGGCACCAAGGAACUAGUGGGACCACAGGCGAGGGGUUCUCGCUGGCACAAUCCACCCGCUCAGUAAUAAACCAAAGGCUAUUCUUUCAGAGCUGAUCAACGAAUUUAGUUACUUAAUGAAAUGAAGAAAGAAUUCGCAAGUUUGAGAGGCUAAAGUAUUUUUUUUUAAAUCCUACGGCAUUGUCAAAUCCAGUAAUCUGAGGUGCAGUAAAGACCUUGGGCUCCAGAGUGUCACGGGACAACAUGAGCGAGUACUGGUUAAUUUCGGCUCCUGUGGAUAAAUCAAACCAACAAAUAUGGGAACGAAUGAACACUGUGACCGAAAAAGCCAAUUUAUCGAAUAACUUUAAAUUCCCGAUCCCAGAACUCAAGGUGGGGACAUUGGAUUCAUUGGUUGGCCUCUCGGAUGAACUAGGAAAGCUUGAUACGUUUGUUGAAGGCAUUGUGAAGAAGCUGGCACAAUAUACAGCAGAUAUUAUGGAGGAUUCCAAGGAUAAAGCUCAAGAAAAUCUGUUGGCCAGUGGAGUUGAUCUUCAUAGAUAUGUGACACAUUUUCAGUGGGAUAUGGCUAAAUAUCCUAUAAAACAGUCACUUCAAAACAUAACAGAAGUCAUUACCAAGCAAAUUUCACAGAUUGAUACUGACUUAAAGUCUCGGGCAAUGACGUAUAACAACACAAAGGGAAACCUACAAAAUCUGGAAAGAAAAGCAGUGGGUAGUCUUUUGACCCGUACCUUAGCAGACAUUGUAAAUAAGGAAGACUUUGUGUUAGAUUCAGAAUAUCUCACAACUCUUCUGGCAUUUGUCCCCAAGUCCAAUUAUGUUUCCUGGCAAAAGACAUAUGAAUCUCUGUCUGACAUGGUGGUUCCUCGAUCAACCAAGAUGAUCAUUGAAGAUAUGGAGGGUGCCCUCUUUACAGUAACUCUCUUCAAAAAAUAUGUGGAUGAAUUCAAAACCAGAGCCAGAGAAAACAAGUUUCUGGUGCGAGAAUUUAACUAUAGCGAAGAGGAAUUGCAUGCUGAAAAGGAGGAAAUGACACGACUAAGUGCAGACAAGAAACAACAGUAUGGUCCCUUGCUGCGUUGGCUAAAGGUUAAUUUUAGUGAAGCGUAUAUUGCCUGGAUCCACAUAAAGGCUUUAAGAGUUUUUGUUGAAUCUGUUCUUCGAUAUGGGCUUCCAGUUAACUUCCAGGCCAUGCUUCUUCAGCCAAAUAAGAAAACCAUGAAACGAUUACGCGAUGUGCUCAAUGCACUUUUUAAACACCUAGAUGAAGUUGCUGCUGCAAGCACCAUUGAUGCCAACGUGGAUAUCCCUGGACUGAAUGUCAACCAACAGGAUUACUACGCCUAUGUCUACUUCAAGAUUGACAUUGACUUAUUUAACUUCAAGUAAAGCUUCGGCAAUAAUGUGAAAAAUAGGAGUUGCUUGAUUUUAUGUUUGGAAUAUUAUAUAUAUAUACAUAUACAUGAACAUAACAUAUGGAAAUGGAUCAUGGUAAUUUUUUUAAGAAUGUUUAUCUGAACAAAUAAUAUUAAGAUAUAAUGCUGGUUAAGAUUAUAUAGAAAAUAUUUAAUGAUAAAAUUUGCACAACAUUUGUUAGAACAUUGUGUCUGAUAAUCAAUAAAAUCUAAUUGCGUAGAUUACAUUCAUUUCGUAAAACAUAAGGUUUUAUUUAAAUUUCAUGAAUUUAUUCAAAAUGUAAGUAAUUUUGUAUCAUUUGUUAUAGUUUUGUGGAUUUUAUUUUACUUAAAAUAUUUGCCUAUGUCCACAACACUGAAUUUGUCUUUUUUGAUUAAGAAGUUUAAAUCGUGUCCUAAUCUUACUUCAUUUAAAAUAAAUUGAACUCCCUCUUAUAGCUGAUCAAUGAUCCCUAAAGCCAUCCUUGUUGUUUUUCUUUAAAUCUCUCAAAUUUGCUUUGACUUUAGAUCAACGUCAUAAUCAUAAACCUAUACAAAGUCUAGCUAUUUUAUUAACGAUUGAUUUCCAGAUCCAGAUAACAGUGGUUAUUUGUAAACUUUUUUAUAUAUACAGGUACUUGAAAGACUUUCACUCUUAGCUAUCUCAUCUGAAGAGCUUCCAGAACCUCCUUGAUUUAUUUCCUCAGUCCAAGUAAUGGAUCUAGAAGUACCUGUAUUGGUGUUGUUAUAUUAUUGUCACAUGUAACGAGAUAAUGAAAAACUUUCUUACUAUCCAGUCAAAACAUGCUAUACAUGAGUACAAUCAAGCCAUGUACAAGUACAACAGGUGAUGCAAUGAGAAAAAUACCUGUGCAGAUUAUACUUGCAAUGUUAUAGCUACAGAAAAGGUGCAGAUAUAAAAUGUUGCAAUGUUAUAGCUACAGAAAAGAUGCAGAUAUAAAAAUUGCAAGGUUCCCAAUGAGGUAGGUUGGGAGAUCAAACUACACCUAUAGCUUAUGAGAGGACCUUUUAGUUAUCUGAUAAUAGUGGGGAAGGAACUAUUCCUGAAUCCGGUGGUACAUGGUUUCAAGCUUUUAUAUCUGCUGCCCAUUACGAGGGGAGAAGAGGGAAUGACCAUGGUGUAAAUGGUUCUUAAUUAUUAAUUUCCUGAGGCAACGCAAAGUGUAGAUAGUGGUAGGAGCAGAGGCUGGACUGGGUUUGUGGAAGAAAAUAUGAAAAUCCUUUCUUACUUAAUAUGAUCGGAAUUGAACAAGGUGUGGCGUCACCUGAUGGUCAGACCACUGUCGAACCCUCGUCAAUGGUUAUGAUGACUGUCACAUGACGUCAUGGGUUAAGGGGAGUGUCCUGCUACAUCAGCAUAUCUUACCUUGAGAUCACCAGUCAACAGGUAGCCGAGCAUGAGUCAACACCCUUGCUCAGCAGCAGCAGCAAUGACUCAAUACGUUAGGGUCAACAUGUAUGUCAAACUUAUGUCACUGAAUAAAGUAACCGUUUGAUCACAAA